UCCUCGUACCACCAGGAGCCACAAUGACAGUCCAGAGCCUCCUCCUGUCGACAAGGCUGCUUUUCGCCCUGACAGUAGUCAUGUGCGUGUCGGGUCAGUUCACCACGACCCUCAAAACCCCAUCUGGUUCCAUAAAGGGACUGGUUAAGUCCGUUCUCAGGCGGAAUGUUACACAGUUCCGUAACAUUCCGUACGCCAAACCUCCCGUAGGCAAGCUGAGGUUCAAGAAGCCUGUCCCCAUAGAGCCGUGGGAAGACACCCUCGACGGAACAGCAUUCGGACCGUCAUGUGUGCAAUAUAAAUCUAUAGGGGGCGACUAUCAGUGGGCAAGAAUAGAAAACAAGAAUCUGUCAGAAGACUGCUUGCAGCUGAACAUUUUUACCACGUAUCCCAUCUCUACAACAGACAAGAAGCCGGUCAUGUUCAUGAUCCAUGGCGGAUCGUAUAUUAUAGAACAAGGAACUGCAUAUGACUCGUCCUACCUCGCAAUAAAGGACGUCAUCGGCGUAAACAUAAACUAUCGUUUGGGUGUAUUUGGGUUUCUGAGUACGGGAGACGAUAUUCUGCCUGGUAACUACGGACUCUGGGACAUGAUUGAAGCUCUGAAGUGGGUGCAAGCAAACAUCGCGGCUUUCGGAGGGGAUCCCAACAAUGUAACUAUAUUUGGUGAAUCGGCGGGUGCAAUAUCAGUCACGUUACUGGCAAGUAUCCCUAGCAACAGAGGUUUAUUUCAUCGAGUGAUUGCUCAGAGUGGAUCUGCAACAAGCCUCAUGUCGAUAUCGCUUGAUCCAAUCCGAGUUGCCAGGGAAGUCAUCAAAGACGUGGGGUGUAUACCGACUCUCAAUUCCACCAUCAAUCGUAACGUGGUGACAGACUGCCUUCAGUAUGUUUCGGCUGACGUGUUGUUGCAGGCCUCUCUUGAGCCAACUACUAGCGUCCAUUACUACGGCUACUUCUCUAUCGCCUCGCAGCUCUACCCGGUCGUUGACAGGCAACUCUUCCGCACGCUGCCCGUCGACAGUUUAAGCGAUCCCAACUCGGCUGAAUCUGUCUUCUUCAAAUCUAUAGACUUGAUAGCAGGCACAAUGGAAAACGAGGGGUCGGUUGCAACGUACAUGUUUUACCCUUACGAAGGGACAAUGCAGUUUAACACGAGCGACGGCUAUCCGCCAGCCUUACUGUGUAACGUGAUGGCCCCAGCUGUAGCCAGGGACAUGUUCCAGGCUGGUUCCGCCGUAUCCGACAUGAUAUGUAAGAGAUACAGUACUAAUGACAAGGCUCAGCGAAGCAGGAACAUCGCCAACCUGUAUGGUGACUCGUGUUUUUUGGCCCCGACCGUGCAAAUACUGAAUUUCCACAGUCAAGGACAGGGCUCAGGUAAAACAUACCAAUAUGUGUUUUCCCAGGUGACGAAUACGACCACAUUGUAUGAAAAACCCUAUUGGAUGCUAGGCGCAGGCCACGCUGAGGAAACGGGCUACCAGUUCGGUCCUUAUAACCAAGCACCCGCAUUUGCUGCCACAGAGCAGGCCCGGGCGUUAACAGAAACAUUCAACUCGUACUUCGUCAAUUUUGCUAAAACAGGGAACCCAAACGAUGCCGGCUUAGUCUAUUGGCCUGAGUACAGUAAUACUGACCGUAGAUAUAUAGACAUCAAGUAUGAACCAACACAAGGCAAAGACCUGUUCCAGGCCCGCAUGAAGUUCCUAUUGGAAGAGAUCCCAAACAGCCUGAAAAGUGACGUAACCAACUCAGCCCGAAAUCUGUAUACGCCUGUAUCUUAUUUGGUUGGAAUGAUUGUUUUAAAUGCUCUAGCGUUAUACGUGUAGAUAUUCUACUAUACUCUUGUCUCAGUCUACAGCGGUCGUAUUUUGAUGAUUGAUGAAACUCAUUACUCAUGUUUUAUUAAGUUUAUAACGAUGUCAGUAUGCGUCUGCCCAUCCAAUAUAAACAAUUGGUUAAGGUCAAGAAGACUUUCAGCAACAAAGGGUGUGUAUAGGUCUUGAACAAAGUGCAUUUUUAUAGGUCUUGAACAAAGUGCAUUUUUUAUAGGUCUUGAACAAAGUGCAUUUUUUAUAGGUCUUGAACAAGGUGCAUUUUUAUAGGUCUUGAACAAAGUGCAUUUUUUAUAGGUCUUGAACAAAGUGCAUUUUUAUAGGUCUUGAACAAAGUGC